AUUACUCAAAUAAAUCAAAGUACAAUUUCCUCGUUGGUCAACAGCACGUAGCUUCAUGUCUAGCCAUCUGUCAUCGUUUCAUAUGUUUGACGCCAAGUUUGGGUCAUCCUCCUACGCUCCCUACGUAAUGAAUCGAAUGCACCUUGAUUAGGAUUGGAUUUCCUCGGUUUAUCAGUAUAAAAGCAAUUGACGCCCACUAGAAUGAAGCACAGUUCUUCGAUACCAUCCAUUCAAGUGGCAACAACCAUACCAUAGGAAAUGACCGCCGGCACAAAGGAAUUCACCCGCCAGGAAGUGGCGCUCCGCGACGGCAAAAACGGUAAUCCCAUAUGGAUCAUCAUUCGCGACGUAGUUUACGACGUUACGGACUACGUGGAGGACCAUCCGGGUGGGCCAGAACUGGUCACCGAUUUUGCCGGACGGGACGGGACCAAGGAUUUCGAUGACUUUGGCCACUCCAGUACGGCGAUGGAGAUGCUGAAGCAGUACAAAGUCGGGGAGUUGAAUUAUUGUGAACGGGCUAAAUUUCAGAAACAAGGAUCCAAUUGGUCACCGGAUGGAGCUUGCAUUCUGCCGGAUAAGAAGCGCAGCAAAAAGCGAAAGUUUAUUUUCUGUGGGUGAAUGGAUUAGGAUAAACAAUUUGACGAUGAUAUUAAUAAGACCUAUAGAAGUCUGUGGUUUCGCUACAGA